AUGACCUCCAAAGCGCCCCAAGAGGAUAAUCCCCAAGAGGAGACCUCCUCCGCCGUCUCCACGUCGUUCCCGCCCCUCUACAAAGUCUACAAGCGCCGUUUCUGGGGUCUCGCCCAGUUAGUCCUGUUGAACAUUGUCGUGAGCUGGGACUGGUUGACCUUCUCCGCCAUCUCCACCACCGCAGCUGAGCACUUAGGCGUCUCCGAGAGUGCCAUCAACAGGCUCAGCACGGGCUAUCUCUUUGCCUUGCGCGUCGCCAGUCCCGUCGUGAUCCUCACCCUCAACAAAGGCGGUCCCAAGCCCGCCAUCAUCACCACCUCGUCGAUUCUCCUGGUGGGCAAUUGGAUUCGGUAUGCGGGCACGAGGGCCAACGGCGGCAUCUUCGGUCUGGCCAUGUUCGGCCAGAUCCUCAUCGGGCUGUCGCAACCCUUCUGUCUGAGCGCCCCCACACGAUACAGUGACCUCUGGUUCUCCGAUAGUGGUCGCAUCAGCGCAACCGCCGUCGCGACCUUGGCCAAUCCAUUGGGAGCUGCGCUGGGCCAGCUGGUCGACUCCUUCUGGGCGACCACCCCCAGCGAGGUCCCCGAUAUGGUCUUGUACAUCUCCGUCAUCGUAAGUCUCUCACCCACACGGCCAGAGAUAUCGCAGCGACUCACCCAAUCUCAGGCCACCGUCGUCGCCAUUCCCUCCUUCUUCAUCCCCGCAGCACCCCCGGCGCCCCCCUGCGCCUCCGCGGCCGCUUCCAAGACGCCGCUCCGCCCCGCCGUCACCCAGCUCGUCCGCACCCCCGAGUUCUGGCUCAUCCUGGUCCCCUUCGCCGUGUACGUCGGCUUCUUCAACAGCGUCUCCUCGCUGCUGAACCAGAUCCUCGCCCCCUACGGCUUCGACGAGACCGAGGCCGGCAUCGCCGGCGGUCUCCUCAUCAUCGUCGGCCUUGUCACCGCCGCCAUCGUCUCCCCCAUCACCGACCGCUUCAAGCACUACCUCGCCACCAUCCGCGUGCUCGUCCCCAUCGUCGCCGUCUGCUACAUCGCCCUCAUCUUCGCGCCCCCCAGCCCCGCCGGCAUCGCCCCCUCCUACGUCGUUCUCGCCCUCCUCGGCGCCUCCUCCUUCGCCCUCCUCCCCGUCGUCCUUGAGUUCCUCGUCGAAAUCACCUACCCCUUCUCCCCCGAGAUCGGUAGCACCAUCUGCUGGACCGCCGGCCAGCUCCUCGGCGCCGUCUUCAUCCUCAUUCAGGACGCCCUCAAGGCCGGCCCCCGCGCCAACCCGCCCGAGAACAUGCGCAAUGCGCUCAUCUUCUCCGCUGUGCUUGCCGUCGUCGCUGCCCCGUUCCCCAUCUGCAUCGGCCUGUUUGGCCGUGAAGUGCGGCGCCGCAGGCUCGACGUCGACCGCGGCGUGAGUCUGUCCCAGGUCGCCUAG